AUGGCUUCUGACCAAGGCUUUGGCUUCGAUUGGCACCCUGACAUUACACUCAAUGUGGAUGAUCAGUGCCUCGUGUCCUGGCUGGAACCCGAAUGUCUGAACCAUCACAGACAACAGGAGCCUGCAUAUGCACCCAUUCCGUCGAUGGAUGCACGGGCUCACACUGGUCUUCCUCCCGACUCGAUGCGAGUCCUCGAGAAUCUCCAAAUGCCAAAUGAGCCUCAGCAUGCUUCACUGGCGGACAGUGAUCUUUCGCCUUCGUCGAGUCCGCGCCUGGAUUAUGGCGGUCAUGUUCAGAGAUCACUGCACGAGCUAUCGCACUCGAGCGGAGCCUCCACGGUGACGCCUGGAUCGUCCUUCAUGAUCCACGAAUACCCAGAGGGAGACAGUGCCAGUCAAUCGCCAACUCCGCGGGGAGGUCGUCCUAAUCGUCGGCAGAAGAAACAAGCCAUAGGUCGCAGUAGCCAGGACCAUCUGAACUGCCAGUGGCAAGGCUGCGAGAGGAAAGAGCCCUUUUGCAACAAGGCGACCCUCAAGCGCCAUAGGGAAACCCAACAUAUCAGCCCCGGCGCGUAUCCUUGCCCCGAAGAAGGCUGCGGACAGAUCUUUAAUCGCAAAGAUAACCUGUUGGAGCAUAAGCGGAGGUUGCACGAUAAGUAG